AUGCACCAGGGUGUUUUCUCGGGAGUCCUUAUCUCGGCCGAUUUCAAGUUUUGGUUUCCUGAGACCAAGGUCGCGAGUAUCUCCGGCAUUGUUUCUAGUUGCUUUGCAUUAGGUGCCUUCUUUGGAGCAAUCUUCGCCUUUGUCUGUGGUGACAAGCUAGGCCGUAAGAAAACCAUCUGGGUUGGUGUAUUGACCAAUCUCAUCGGCGCUGUUCUUCAGAUAGCCUCGUGGCAUCUUCCGCAGAUGAUAAUCGGUCGUGUCAUCAACGGUUUCGGAAUGGCUUCUUUCACAGGCGUCUCUUCCUCAACCUGUCCAGUAUAUCAGGCCGAGUGCUCAAAACCUCGAGUUCGUGGAAAGCUUGUUGUCGUACAAUCGCUCUGCAAUACCGCCGCCUUUUGCCUCGCCAAUUGGAUGAAUUACGCCCUCGCCGUUCGAGGUGGACCUUUACAGUGGCGUUUUCCCCUCGGCUUUCAACUCCUAUUCCCAUGUGUCAUCGGAGUUGCCCUCCUGUUUGUUCCUGACUCGCCGAGAUGGCUGAUGCUUAGGGACCGACAUGAAGAGGCUCUUCAUGUAAUAGCACGGCUCGCUGGUAGGAACGUGGGUACUGAUGAUCCGGAUGUCGUGGCCGAAUUCAGGUCAAUUCAAGCCACGAUUGAACAAGAGCGCCAGGAGACUGUAUCCACGUUUGAUAUGCUCCGAUGCCGCGACAAGACUCAGAAUCUUCGCAGGAUCCUACUCUCGUGCGGUACACAGUUCAUGCAGCAGUUUUCAGGGGUAAAUGCUCUCGGCUACUACCUCCCUACCAUGCUACAGCAGGUGCUUGGCUAUAGUGAGCGCCGAAGUCGCCUUCUCACCGGUGUUAAUGGCACUAUCUACCUGUUCUCUGCAAUUUGCUGUCUAUUUAUUAUUGACCGCUUUGGCCGCCGAAAAAUGAUGCUGUACGGUUCAGCGACAAUGGGCUCCUGCUACCUAAUCGUUUCUAUGACUUUACUCGCAGCCAAACAUCACCCGAGCAUCAAGCAAAGACUUGGUGAGGUUACUACUGCCUUCUUCUUUAUUUACUACUUCUUCUAUGGCACCAGCUUUGCCAAAGUGCCUUGGGUGUUCAACUCGGAAGUCAACUCUCUCGGUUGGCGCACACGGGGAGCUGCCGCGGCCACUGCCACGAACUGGAUGGGUGGCUUCAUCGUGACUCAGUUCACUAAAACUGGAGUUGACAAUCUUAAUUGGGGUUUCUUUCUUUUAUUUGCUUGCUUUUGCUACUCUUACUUCCCUGUAGUGUUUUGUCUCUACCCCGAAACCUCUCGUCGUACACUCGAAGAUAUGGACCAGAUCUUUAUUCAAAAUCCGGGGCUGAUCGUUUGCCGCAUUCCAGAACUCACGCAACGAGAGCGUCCCCAGAGUUUGGUUAAUCUUGAGCAGGAGCGGGUGGAGAAGGCAAAGGUGGCUCAUGUGGAUUAG